CAUCCUCACCUGUAGUAAUAGUGCACAGGGCUAGAAUAAGCCGCCAAGGGCAUGUAGGAGUAGUAGAAGCUGCCGUACAAAAAGGCGGAAAUCCAGAGGAGCAGCAUCACCAUAGAGAACACAACAACACCCCGCCUGACUCUCUGAGCCAUGCGGGAAAUCUGAGCGUCGACCGCAUCCUUGAACUUCAUCAGGAAUGCUCCAAAAAGCACAAACGGCUCCUCAUCACCUCCAGGGCGCAGAUGAUUGGCUCGAUCCAUUCCCACCUACAGAAAAAGCAAGCAGGUUAAUCGGAAUGUCAAGUCUUGGUCUGUGGCUCAACACGGUCUGGAUGAAAUGUUGUGAUCAGGAACCUCCUCCGAGCGCCCAUAAGUCAGAGAAGGCUUUAAUCCAGCCACCCCCUUCCCUCCCUGUCCAAAGAGCUGCUGCCAACUGGAACAGAGUUCUACAGCAAAGAACACAACACAGAUCUGGAGCGCGCUAUGGUGUUACUAUUUUUGUUUUGUUUUUUAAACUGUUUUUAUUGUAUUAUUUUAUUUUUUACAUUAUAUAUAAUAUACAUAUUAUUUAUAUGUGUUAGUAAUAGUUUUAUUAUUAUUAUGUUAAUUUAUUAUUAUUGGUAUUAUUAUUUAUUUUAUUUCAAUUGUAAUGUACUAUAUUGUAGCGACGGGUAUAUCGUGUUGUUCCAAGCUGCUGUUUAGUGUGCAGGCUACAGGGGGCAGUCAUGUUCAACAUGCUGGUUGGAGAAAGCUUUUGGAGACAAGUGCGUAGAAUAUGAAAACCGGGAAGUGUUGUUGCACUGUUCACGUCUGCUGCAAGACUGGCUGGAGGAUGUCCUCUUCAGGCAACGUGACCCGUGUUGAUGCAUCAUCUGUGCGCCAGGCACCCUGGGAACCACUGCACCUCAUCCCCUGUGAGAUUGAGCACAAUGGGCCGGCACAGAUCUCACAGUACUUCACUGCAGCCAUAAAGGACCGCAAACACGAGAAGACGGUGUCAUUCAGGGGUCGUGGUCUCAAAGGGCAGGACCUCUCCUGUCCGCAAGGCUACACUGGACUUGUCCUCAAGGAGAUCAACAAGACUGGCUCUGAUCAGGAGGACAGGACCCUUAGGGUGUCCUCAUUGUUCGACAAGCUGACUUACUGGAACCUCGAGACGCCUCCUAACUCAGACGACGCAGUGGUGAUGGCGAUGGACUGGCCUGAGCUCGCUGAAGCGAUUCAUGGACCGGUGGAAGACUGAAGAAAGUCUUGGUCAAAGAAGAAAGAUUGGGUUCAAAUGUGCAUAGUUGGAACACAGUAUGAGUCUAGCUGGUGACAAGAAAAGUAAGGGAAUUUAAAUAUUUUUGCAUUGAAAUAAAAAGUACUUGACUGAAACAUGUAAUCCAUGUG